AUGGCCAAUUUGAAUGGAUUUGAAUUCAGACUCUCUCAGUAUGGUAUCUUCCCAAGGUCUAUGGUGAUUGAUGAUCACGUUUAUGGCUUCGAUGGUCAUUUGUUGGACACUCUUGUUGACUUCUUCAAUAGCACUUACAGAAUUAUGGCACCUGGAUUUAGUCCAGAUAUAUUCUUCAGGACUAUAGAUGACGUACUAACUGAUAAAGCUGAUUUUAAUUUCAACUUGAGAAUUCUCUUUGAGAAGAGCUACCAAGAAUCUAGUCUAUCCUGGCUCUAUCCUCUCCGGGUUAACAGUAUCUGCGUAGUGGUACCACAUGCUCCUCAGAGGUCCGUAGUAGGUGCUAUUCUACAACCACUACUGAGCUUUCCUAGCCUCAUGUACUUGAUCUUCAUGAUUUUUGUCUGGGUAGCUUGGGUAAUCAGCAUACGACGAGACCCUUUAGCCAUUAUCUUCAAUGUUAUUCGCAUAACAGCCCUAUCUCCAAUACCUCGGCUGGAAGGUACUCGGGCAGAGAGUAUCCUGAUAGUCAGUGCACUCUUCCUCUCCUUCUUCUUCAUCAACAGACUCCAGAGCAUCGUGACAGCUUUUCUAGUUUGGCCAGGUUUCGACGACAACAUCAACACUGUAGCAGAACUCAAUGCCAGCAAGUGGUCCGUUCUGAUACCUGAUGGUGUAAUGGAACUUAUAGAAACAGUAGAUCAUGGAUACGAUGACUAUUUUCUGAAAAAGUUUGUUGUGUCACACCUACGACCGGAUCAUGCUCGCCAUAUGGAACCUGAAGAACUUAACGGAUUUGCUGUGUACGGUUUCAAUGUAGAUAAACGUGUUCUAAACGCCGCUAGUGCAGACGGAACUCAGCCUCUUCUGCAUCUAAUGGAAGAAUGUAUCUUCCAUUCUAUUGCUUCUUAUGUGUUCCAGAAACAUUCACCCUUCGUGGUACCCUUCGACCGUGUCUUGUUGCACAUCCACGAGGCAGGUCUACUAACUUACUGGAAACACAUUGCACCUGGUGAGAUUGUUCACUUAAAUCGCUCGAUGGACCGCUUGGAUGAUAAUAUCGAGUAUCACAGCAGAAAACUCGAUUUACGCUUCAAGGAUCUCUAUUUCACCUUCUUCAUCUACUACGUGGGAAUCUCCCUUGCCACAAUCAUAUUUCUUGGGGAAGUCUUGAUGCACAACAGACACCUCGUGAAAUAUUCAUUUAUGCGACAUUUUCGCUACAUUUUCUGUUACAACACUCGUGAUAAUUAA